UCAGUUAAAAUCGUGUUUGUGGAUAAUUUUAACACCUAGGCAUGAUGCCUGCAUCCAAGCCCAUUCGAAGUGUUGAAAUACUGCUGGAGGCUGGAGCUCAGGUGGGUCACGAUCAAGGCACAAUUAUUUAGCAGGAGCAUUCGAAGUUAACUACAACUCCCACCGUUAACGGCAACACGUCACAACUAGAACCGAAACAGAACAGACCACGUGAUUCAUACACUGUUUUUCUAAACGCACCAGAAUUUUUUCUUUAGUUAUUUAGUUAGCGACAGUGUUUGGUUUAUUUUUCUCUACCAUUUUACUAAAGCGGAGAUGGAAGUGGAAACGGCACGACCUUAUUUUUUCGGGGACAUCGGUUUCUGGUCAGAGAGGACAGAGGUUCAUAAGGCUGCAUGUCAAGGACAGGUGUCAGAGCUGCAGAGUUUGAUCCAGAGGGGAGCUUCGGUGAAUAUUGUGGCUGUGGACUCCAUCACUCCGCUCCACGAGGCGGCUGCGAGUGGACAGACACAGUGUGUGAGACUGCUGCUGGACGCUGGAGCUCAGGUUGAUGCCAGGAACGUGGAUGGCAGCACUCCACUGUGUGAAGCGUGCUCUAUCGGGAACUUUGAGUGUGUGAGGCUUCUUUUGGAGUAUGGAGCAAAAGUCAACCCCAUGCUGACCUCUCGUACCACCUCUCCUCUACACGAGGCCUGCAUGGGAGGUAAUGCAGAUUGUGUGAGGCUAGUGAUUGCUAAAGGAGCCAGUCUGGAGGCCUAUGACCUGUACUACGGUACUCCUCUACAUGUGGCAUGUGCCAAGCGACAUCUGGAGUGUGUCAAAGUGCUACUGAAUGCAGGUGUGCAAGUAAAUGCCGCUAGGCUACACGAGACGCCCUUACAUCAUGCUGCCAAGUCCAACAAUGUGGAUAUGAUUGAGCUGCUGGUGGAGUUCGGGGCCAACAUUUACGCCAGAGACAAAUAUGACAGAAAGCCAGUCGACUACACGAGGCCAGAUACGUCCUCAGCACAAUAUCUUCAGCUUUAUGAGAGUAACCCUCUUUCUCUGCAGCAGCUGAGCCGUAUCGCCCUGAGGAUGCUGUUGGGCGUCCGAGCUGUGGAUGUGGUGGUCAAACUGGAUAUUCCCAACCGUAUUAUCAGUUACCUCUUAUACCAGUGAACUCUUUCUUUAGAAGUUCACAGAUACCAUGGAAAUACGUUUUACCUCAGAUGCAAAACAAACAUAUGAAGCACUGAAAUCUCUCCAAAAAUAAAUAUUAGUUAUAUUGGCACUUAAGAGCAUUAAAGGUGAACGAUGUAAAAGUUAAGUUUAAAGGUUGCUUGUAAAUGAAAAUUAUGUCAUUAUUAACUCCGUUUCAUGACUUUAUCCCAAUGGGGUCCAAAAUAACCUUUAGUCCCUACUGUAUGAAGAAAAAGCGCUGAGAUAUUUUUAAAAAUACCUUCAUAGGGAGUAAAUGACAGACUGUCCUUUUAAGUAACAAGCACAACAGAUUACAUGAAUAGGAAGCACUUCUUAAUAGCACUUCUCAGCAGAACAGUCUAUAUUUUGUUGUAAAAUAUGUUGUCUUAAUGGGUCUGAGGUGAAUUUAGGACUGAUGGAAACCAUUAUAUGUACACUAAAUAUUGCCGCAAAAAAAGAGCAGGAGAUAGAGACUCAAAAGAGAGGAAACACUUAAUCUGGCAGCUGUCUACAUUCAGGAACUCCUCUGACCACUAAAUUAAGUCCAGGGAAACUUUUAGUCGCUCAGACAACGGACACUAUGCACAACACACAGCAUUGCUGGAAACGAGCAUGUUAACAUCCUCAUGCUCUCAUUAGAGAUUCAUUGUAGGAGAUCACAGCAGCUACAACAAAGUCUUAUUGAUAAAACACCGGCAUUCGUUUUAUGACAUCAAGCACUUUGAGUUAUACCACCGUUUUGCCACAUUCAUUGUCCGUGUUCCGCUAUAGUGACGCCACAGUGACACUGAAAGAAACCAGUUUACAGCUGUGUUUUAUUGUAGUGCUGUUGUUUUAGUUACACCGGUUGUAAUAUUUUACAAUUCAGGUGAAGGAUUUAAUAUAGUCUAUAUGUCUGUUUCCUUAUACUGUUUUUUUUUUCUGAAUUGAGGAAAAGAUAUUAAGAUUGCAUGAAUUUAACUGCUGUAAUUUAAUUAUUUAAGUUAAUCAGAAUAUUCUGCAGGAAAAUGCAUCAGGCUGGACUUGAUUUGAUGCAUUACGAUUUGAUUGGUUCUUGAAAUGUUGGGCUUUAAUUUUGUAUGUCUUUUAUUUAAUAUAAUGUAUCCUCAAUUUGGACGCCUUGGCAAAAAUAUAAGUCUUUUCAGAUGCAAACAAAGUAUUAUUUUCAUGAAAGAUAAUGAUAGCAGUUGUAAAAUUGCAUUGCAUGCACUUAUGAAUUGCAUAUGCAGAUAAAUUACAGCAUGCACACUACUGUUAGGGGUCGGUAAUGUUUUGUUUCUGAAAGGAAUUAUUACUAUUAUUCAGCAAGGAUGCAUUAAAUUGAUAACAAUUGUAUA